GGAGGGAAUUAUCAAGUCCCAGCGGACUACCCAGCGGGCAGCAGCUGGCGUCAGAAGCCUAGCUGGAGAGACUCACCCCAGGAAGGCGGGAGGUCGCCCACCUACUGGGCUGACGGACCCCCAACACAGUUCCUGAGCUGGUGCCAGGCAGGUGACACUUCCUGCAGUCCCCAGCAUGCGCGCAGGCCCAGGCCCCACCAUCACACUGGCCCUGGUGCUGGCGGUGGCAUGGGCCAUGGAACUGAAGCCCACAACGCCACCCAUCUUCACGGGCCGGCCCUUUGUGGUAGCGUGGGAUGUGCCCACCCAGGACUGCGGCCCCCGCCUCAAGGUGCCCCUGGACCUGAGUGCCUUUGAUGUGCAGGCCUCACCUAAUGAGGGGUUUGUGAACCAGAACAUUACUAUCUUCUACCGUGAUCGCCUAGGCCUGUAUCCACGCUUCGAUUCAGCGGGGAGGUCUGUGCAUGGCGGCGUGCCGCAGAACGGAAGCCGCUGGGAGCACCUGAAGAUGCUGCAGAAGCGCGUGGAGCACUACAUUCGCACCCAGGAGCCGGCGGGGCUGGCCGUCAUCGACUGGGAGGACUGGCGGCCUGUGUGGGUGCGCAACUGGCAGGACAAGGACGUGUACCGCCAGGCCUCGCGCCAGCUGGUGACCAGCCGUCACCCGGACUGGCCCACUGACCGCGUGGUCAAGCAGGCGCAGUAUGAGUUUGAGUUCGCUGCGCGAUGGUUCAUGCUGGAAACACUGCGCUAUGUCAAGGCCGUGCGGCCCCAGCACCUCUGGGGCUUCUACCUCUUCCCCGACUGCUACAAUCACGAUUACGUGCAGAACUGGGAGAGCUACACAGGCCGCUGCCCCGACGUGGAGGUGGCCCGCAACGACCAGCUGGCCUGGCUGUGGGCUGAGAGCACGGCUCUCUUCCCGUCCGUCUACCUGGAUGAGACGCUCGCUUCCUCCGCCCAUGGCCGCAAUUUUGUCAGCUUCCGUGUUCAGGAGGCCCUGCGUGUGGCUCACACCCACCACGCCAACCAUGCGCUGCCAGUCUAUGUCUUCACCAGGCCCACCUAUAGCCGCAGACUCACUGGACUCAGCGAGAUGGACCUCAUCUCUACCAUCGGCGAGAGCGCAGCCCUGGGCGCAGCCGGCGUCAUCCUCUGGGGCGACGCAGGGUACACGACAAGCACGGAGACCUGCCAGUACCUCAAGGAUUACCUGACGCAGCUGCUGGUCCCCUAUGUGGUCAAUGUGUCCUGGGCCACCCAGUAUUGCAGCUGGGCCCAGUGCCAUGGCCACGGGCGCUGCGUGCGCCGCAAUCCCAGUGCCAGCACCUUCCUGCACCUCAGCGCCAAGAGCUUCCGUCUAGUGCCCGGCCGCGCACCUGGUGAACCGCAGCUGCAGCCCGAGGGGAAGCUCAGCUGGGCCGACCUCAACCACCUGCAGACACACUUCCACUGCCAGUGCUACUUGGGCUGGGGUGGGGACCAGUGCCAGUGGGACCGCCGGCGGGCAGGUGGUGGUGCCAGCAGGGCCUGGGCUGGCCCCCACCUUCCUGGCCUGCUGGCUCUGGCAGCCCUGACCCUCACCCGAACCUCAUAGGGGUCUCCCACCUGCAGCCAAGCGGUCUGGCCGCUGCUCCGGGGGCUCUCCCGGGCAUGUAGGAGCCAGAAGGGGGUGGGCAAACUGGAGCCUGGAAGGGGGCAGAGCCCCCGGGUGCCUGGCAGAGCAUCCAUACCGGCUCUCACCCCCCUGUUCUAAGGGGGAGAAGUCCCUGUGGAGGCCCUGUUCCUCCCAGCCAGAAGGGAAGGAGGCUGGGCUGGGGAGGGCCUGACCCUACUCCCCCGCCCCUGGAUAGUUUAUUAUUAUUAUUAUUAUGGGGUCUCUUUUGUAAAUUAAAUAUAAAACAGCUGUUUCUGUGCUUGG